UCCUUUCGCUUAGCAUUUACGCUUGCGCCUGAAAGUAUGCUAUGAUUGCUCCUCUUCUGUGAGGCACUUCCCCACAAUCCGUAUUCGCCAUGUUGCCGUGGAACAACAAAUCGCGCCUGCAGGUAAAAAUAUUACGUAUACGUAGUUGCUGCAAGUACUUAAUUAAGUACUUAGUAAUUAAUCAUACGCAGUGUUGCUUACCACAAAUAUUACGCGUUGAGAAAAGUUAAGGCUAAAAUUCAGCACACGCAAAAAUAAAUCAGUUUAUAUGUAUAUGUUUAUUAAUUGCUUAAAAGUACAUAUAAAUGUUUGAGCGAUGCCCUCAGUGGGUUAACAACAAUUCCAAUAAAAGGCUAGUGUUUAUUUUCCGACGGCAGCAUAUCCGCCAGCUGUGCCUGUCCAGCGAGCAGUCGGGAAAUCCGAGAGCCACCACACUAUAAUUAGCUGUCACUCCGAGAAAAGCGAGAAAACUCGCACGAUCAGAGAGUUUCCGAAGCGGCAGCGGUCAGUAGCGUUUUGGUUAUCGACGGAAUCAAGAGAGAGUUGCCCUUACUGCAGCCGAUAUGUCCACUAGCACACCUGUUCCAGAGGAACCGAGAUCCUCGAACCAAAUGACCAUCAGUGCGUCCACACAGGAAUUAGCCGAGCUGAUAAACAUCCACCUGGGUGACCUGCGACCGCAGGAGCCCUCUUGGCGGGUGGCCGACUCACCUAUUUCCGGUAGGGGCAUCUUUGCCACCAGAGAAAUAGCCGCUGGCGAGGAGCUCUUCCGUGAGCACACGCUGCUGGUGGGUCCAACAGCUCAUCGGUCCACGAAUCUGCGCACUUGCACCCUCUGCUAUCGCCUGAUUCCGGGCUCCACGGACUCGGCAGCCCUCUGCCCAGCCGGAUGCGGAUUACCAGUUUGCUCGGAGUGCUGGGACUCCACGCGUCACGACCUAGAGUGCAAGCUCUUUCGCAAGUGGAAGCCUCUGGAGAGCCAGAGAAUCGAACCCCGCGCCCUCAGGAUUCUUAGUGUUGUGCGAUGCUUCUUUCUGGACGAAGCCAGCCGAAAGUUGCUGUAUGCCAUGCAGGCCAAUAUGGAUCGGUACUAUAUGCAGGAGGUCCAGCGGGCUGCCGAUUGCUUUGAGCACUUUCCGCGGGAGCAGGACAUGUUGGACUACUUCUAUCGCACCAUCUGUGCCUUCAACACCAACGCCUUCGAAAGCCGAAGCAAUGUGGAUGGCCACGAGGUGUUGGUGCGCGCGCUGUUCCCUUUGGCUGGACUCUUGAACCACCAGUGCACCCCAAAUGCUGCGCACCACUUCGAAAACGGAGAAACCAUUGUGGUGUGCGCCACUGAACGGAUUCCAGCUGGAGCCGAGAUCACCAUGUCGUACGCCAAGUUACUUUGGUCCACGCUGGCUAGAAAAAUAUUCCUCGGAAUGACUAAACACUUCAUCUGCAAGUGCGUUCGAUGCCAAGAUCCCACGGUGAGUUCACUUGUAAGCUGAUUUUCCAUUUGGAUGAGGCACUGCAUCGCAAGCGCGCCACAGGGAGCGGGAGUGUCGCUAUUGCUGAGAAGUGCCACCGAAAUAACUCAGUCGGUAGGGCCGAAAAAUGUCAUCACAGGGGCAUACGAGAA